UAUUCUUGGCGAGAUAACAGUGAAGUGGUUUGAAAUGAUUCAGACAGGUCUACCGAUGUGUACAUUUGGUUCCCUCCUUGCCCCUCUCAGGCUUGAACGCAGGUACGAUUACAUUGUUGAUAGCAAUGAAAGGUACACUUUAUACCUUUUUUUUAUGGCAGCACAGUCAGGGAUAGAUCCAGCCAGAUCUGGUAGGCGGGGAGGCUACUCACCGAGCUUUGGCCAUGUUCAGGAUGGCGAGGGUUGACUACGGUGUAAUCACUAACUAGAGGGAGCUACCAAAACAAGGCACCAGUCUGCAGUAGUCUUGCUUGACAAUUUCACAAUCAUGUUACUAUCUCUGCAUUUGUCCCUAUUUUGUUUUUGUCAUUAUUUUCCAAUUAUUUCAAAUGAAAAAUGGAUUUUACAAGGAAAUUGUUACCCCCCCCCGAACACCCCCUUUGGCAAGGCUAGGAGGGAUGCCACCCCCGCACCCUCCCCCCUCCCGUGAAUCCAUCCAUGGUCAUUUGAAUUUUUAGAGCUAUCUAGUGUACAUAAAUUUCAUUAGUUUAGGUUUCAUACUGUAGUAAGACUCUUCCAUCACGGGACAGGACCUCAAAGAACCUCACAGUAUGAAUAUAAAUACAAUUUAGGUUUCGUUCCUGUAGUUCCUAAAUUAUGAUUACUUGAUCGCUUAUUUUCACUCGUUUAUGAAUGCCUAAACUGAAAUACAGCCGAAUUUGAAUGGUACCACUAAGUCGGGGUCCCCUUCCUUUGCGCCAGGUAACGCCAUUGAAUCGCAAGAGAGAAACGUUUAAGCACUGAACUAGUGUUGCAACUAUAAAUAAAGUUAGUUUAGUUCAGAUUGUGGCCACAAAAUGUAAACUUUGAAUGUGGGUAGUCACACAACAAAAAAUACGAAUUUCUUUUCUUUCCAGUCAGCAAGAGAAACUAGCGAGGAUUUACAUACCAUGGGCUGUAUACACUGGGUAUCGAGCAAACUUUUUCAUGAAUCUCUACGUUGAAAAACACUUAGAUGAGCCAAUAGACUCUCUGAGAUACCGACUCAAUGUCGUGCCGCCACCUUUUGUAUCGAAAACAAAUAAAAAACGGUCGAUCUAA